AUGAAUAGAAAUUCUAGAAGAGAUGACUUUGAACAAAUUGAUUUUCAAAGUGAAGACACAAGAAGACUAUUAAGAUCUUUAAAUUUGGUAUCAUCUUUAGAUCUUACCAGAUAUAAUAUUAGAAACUUGGGUGACUUGAGAUUACUUUCUAAAGUCAAGAGUAAACUUUUAAGUUAUACCCGUGAACGUCCGCCUGGUAUGCUAGCAAGAGGUACAUACACUUGGACUAGAUUUAUACCCUACGCUCGUCGUCACUACCGUGCCUUUAAAGUUUACCUUAGUGAACAACAUCCUCCACUUGAUGCUCCUGAUAGAAUGAUUUACUGGGCUAUAAAAGACUUGCAUAGGUCUAGGCGUGACGCUUUAUUGAAGGAACGAAGAAGGGACAGAGAAAGGAGAGCCAGAGAAAGGCUAGAAAAUGUGGAACGUGAUAAUGUUAGACCAGAUGGUUAUGUUUGA